AUGGUCGACUCGAAGUCUCCCCUCUCCGAUAGACAAAAAGAAUGGCUGGAUGUUCUUGGUCUUGUCUCGCCCACCGCUGAAUCCCCUGUCAGCCGGCACCUGGACGUCAAUCAGCUCAACAGUCUACGAGAAUUCUUCGCUUCAUAUCUCAAAGGGGUGGAUGAGGGUAAACCGCCACAACUCAAGGGCAAACUCAAGAAGGCACUGAGUGGUGCCGUCGCUCGCGCUUUCGGACCGAGCGACGCAGGGGAGGGAGAACCAUCGGCCGCCGUCCAACCGGCCAAGGUAGUUGCGGCAGUGGCAGAGCGACGAGGGCGAAUCAAACCUACUGUGGCAGUUCAUCGUAUCAGAUAUGAUGUCCCGGACGCGCUCAGUCCCCUUGCCAAUUCGCAGUUGCACUCUCGCUCUCGUUACGACCUCAUGCCUCUCAAAGAGGACGUGCUGACCGAUAUAAAGCCUGUCAACGAGAUGCGGCCAAUAUCCCGACUGGCCCAUGGUCUAGAUCGCACUUUAUUCAAUCCUGGAGUAAACUGGCUACAAGACCCCCGGUCACGCGUCUUCAACUAUGAUCCAUGGCUUCAGAAGAUCCCUAGUGUUCGCGACUUCGCUUUUGAGCGGUUACCUGGCUUCAUCAAAAGCUCGCGUGACGAGGAUCUCUGGAACCUAUGCAGACGGGAAGGGCGCCAGUUCGCUGGCUCCACGUCUUCACUAAGCGGUCUUCUGUGUCAUAUAUACUUCCUGCUCAGUCGAGAUAGGCCUGUCGACCUCUCGACACUGAGCAAGCACAUGAAUGUAUUUCCAGAGACAUUCACCCCAGGUCAGCGGAUGCCGACGUCGGUCAUUCUGCGACACAAGGAGGGUGUAUAUGCGACAGACUCCGAUAGUUUCAUGCCCGGCUCUUCAGAGACGAACGUGCUAUCGUGGAUGGGCACCAUGCUCGAGAAGUUUCUGACGACGGACGCGGCGACCUUCUCGCGUUACAUGCGGGACUCUCCUGAUCCAGCUGAGGCUGACACGGAUACUCGGCGCGAGGCCUAUCGCUACAGCAUGUCCUCGAAGAUGGUCAUGCGUUCGCAGCUGGACGCAGUAGACCCUCGUCUCCCUGGUAGCGGCGUCUUCGAUAUCAAGACGCGAGCAGCGAUGUCCGUGCGCUAUGACAGCAAGAACUGGGUUGAGAACGCAGGAUACCUCAUUCGCCGGCUGCAUGGCGUGACUGAGAGCUUCGAGCGCGAGUACUGCGACCUCAUUCGUUCGGCGUUCCUCAAGUACAGUUUCCAAGCUCGCAUUGGUGCCAUGGACGGUGUUAUGGUCACUUAUCAUAAUACGGCGAGAGUGUUCGGAUUCCAGUAUAUUCCCCUUGAGGAGAUGGAGGCACGACUAUACGGCGCACCGGAACGCGGCGAACGAAUCUUCGCGAAGUGCGUCCAGGUUCUGGAGUUGCUUCUCCAGACGGCCACUGGUGCAUUCCCCGGCAAGUCCGUCCGCAUCCUGACAGAAAAGUAUGAGCUAGACGGCUUCUUGCGAUUCUGGGUUGAGCCCGUGGCCGACGAGGAGGCAGACGCGCAGAUCACCGCGAACGAGGAGGCCGAACACGAGGAGGCCAUCCAACUCAGCGAGGGCGUUGAUCCCAACGAGAUUGUUUCCCGCCGUAUUCAGAAGGCCAAACAGGCUGCCGACGCUGAGGAGAAGAAGAAAUCGCCCAUCAAGAUGUUCGAUCUUCACAUCAGCCACCUCCUGAACGGCAAGUACGUGACCGCUGAAGAUGCCAUCAACAAGGUCGCCCAGGAAUGGGGUCUCAAGGUGACCGUUGAGAGACCUGCUCUCGAAGAGGGCGAACUCCGAAAGUUGCGCGCUGAGGCCCGUAGACGCCAGUUCCGUGCGAACUUCCUUCCCAGCGGUGUUUCCCUCGACCAAAUGGCGAAGCGGUGGGAUAAAGAGGCCAAGAUCAACCCGGCGCACGAGGGGGCCGUGCCAGCGUUCAAUCCCGCACACUGGACCAAGGCGGAUUGGAAAACACAGGCGGUUCGCAGGCUAUCGCGCAGGGGUGCCGAGGAGACGAAGCGGUUGGAUAAGCUUGACAAGGAGAUGGGCCAUGAGAACUUGGUUCCUGAUUGGGUACAGGCGAGCGGUGUCAGUUUGCCUGAACCCAAACGCGAGCCCGAGCCGGAAUUCAACGCGGAGAAGUCGAAACCGGAGAACAUUGCGGACCGGGACGUCGAGAGCGGCGAGCCCGGCGAGUCGACUGCGGAGCCCUCGACGGCUUCCUCUACGGAGCAACCCCGCGAGGCGCGGCUGGCGUCAUCAACUAUCUCUCACGCGCGCAAGGCGAGAAAGCUGGAACAUCUCUGCUAUGUGCGCGACCGGAAACAGUCGGGCAGCUUGUUCGGGGAUCCGACCGGAGAACCGUUGCCAGUGCCCGAAGCUGUCCGUGAACAAAUCGCCAAAUCUCGCCAAGUUUUGGAACAGCUUGAAGCACUGUUUAGCUCAGUAACUGCGAGUGACCAACGCGCUUCAGACGCACCGACACUUGAAGAGGGCGGGCGUAGAGUGCCUGCGGCGGGUGCAGAGCAGGUGACGGAGAGGAUGCACGAAAUGCCGCAGGCGCUUGAAGGCGAGGCGCGGACACACGAAUGGGACGAGCGCGAUAAUUUGCAUCGCGUUGACACGGAGAUGGACAAGGGUAUGCGCCCGUCGUCCUCCCAUGAGUCUAGUGUGAAGGAGUGGAAGACGGAGGAGAGCGACAAGCCUCUACCGGGCACGAAGGCGGCCAAGGACGAAGAGAAGGCUUAG